UCCCCCAAAUAGAAAGUAUAGCAACCGAACGGUGGUGAAAAAAAGGAAAAGAAGUGCUUUUUUUGUGGAAAAAUUUUACAGGCCAAGCGAAAUUAAAAACGCGAAGAGAAAAAGGCACACGAGUGUUCGGCACACUUGCUCACAUGUUAAAAUACCCUUCGAAGCAGCCUGCAUUGUACCAACUCCCUUUUUUUAGCACUUACGCAACGGCGCAAUGGAAGAUGGGGUCAUCAUAAGUGGGGAUUACAUCCAGAUGGAGAAAGACAAAGUAAAGAGAAUAAACGAACACAACUUCGAGCAGGUGCAUGACGUCGAAAGUGACAACUUAUACCGAAGUAAAUGCUCAGGCAUUUUAUUAAAAACGCCAUACUAUCCCUACAAAUAUGACAUUAUGAAUACGAGCUAUAAGUACAUGCCCAAGGUAGGCGACCUGGUGAUAGGCAUAGUGAAAUCGAAAAAAUUGGAUUACUAUCAGAUGGAUAUUAACUGUAAUUGUGAAUGCAUCAUACACAAAAUUGAAAGUUUUAAAUAUGCCACGAAGAACAGUUUCCCUAAUUUGGCCAAUGGCACACUACUCUACAUGAUUGUGGAGAAAAUAAAUUUGGAUAAUAACAGCGUUGUGGCUAGCUGCAUCAAUUCGUCUGACGUAAAGUCGUGGAUCAAUUAUGAGAAUUAUUUGGGCGAGCUGGUCGAUGGGUAUAUGUUCCCCGUUAGCAUUUCCUACGCCAAGAGUUUGAUUGGCGACAAGUGCUACCUUUUGGAUUUGAUUGGCGCAGACGUCAGUUAUGAAGUGGCGGUCGGCCACAACGGGCGGGUGUGGGUUAAAACGGACGACCCUCGCGAAACCAACAUGAUACACACCGCAUUGAAGUACUCAUUUGGGAAGACCAAAGCGCAGAUGGAUGUGCUGUGGAAGUCUAUUUACAACUUAGGCAAAAGGGACACUUAAAAAAAAGGAAGAAAACGGCAAGCAAGGGCGUAUGCGAAGGGGUAUGCGAAGGGGUAUGCGAAGGGGUAUGCGAAGGGGCGUAUCGAAGGCGUAUCGAAGGCACGGGGGAUCCCCCGCUGGGGGGUAUUCUCCGUUGGCCGCCUUAUCUUUUGGCGUAGGAUAUUUUUAACCGCGAUCCCUGGAGCUCGUAAUUUUGCAAAGCUGCAAAUGGGAAGGG